AUGCCGAAACGCUCUCACGGGGAGGCCACGGCGACGUCGCCGUCGGCGCCAGCGAUAAUAUCAGCCACCGCGUCUACUCCCUCAGAACCCGCGCCAAAACGAAGCAAACCCUCCACCACCACCACUCCAUCACCUCAAAUACCCCCUUGGACCAUCUUCACAAAAUGGACCUCAUCCACCAUCACCAACACCCGCCCACCGCUUCCCACCGUCCUCAACCCCGCCCUCGAGACAGCAGCACUCACUCACUCAGGAAUGCGCAAGAACCUCUCCGACCCGAGCUACGAACAGCUGGAAUGGAUCGGCGACGUGUACCUGGAACUGAUCGCGUCAGAGUUGAUCGUGCAGACCUUUCCGACCCUUGACCCAGGUCGGUCAUCUCACUACCGCGAAAUGCUGGUACGCAACGCGACCCUCGGCCAGUUCUCGGUGCACUACGGGCUUGACCGACGAGCCAACUUUCCCGCUGAGUUUGGGCUCGGCGGUCGCCCCAAUGGCACCAAGGCAAGCGACAAGCAACGCAUAAAGGCCCUCGGGGACAUCUUUGAGGCCUAUGUUGGCGCCAUCGUCCGCUCCGACCCAGAGCAUGGCUUGCGCCGCGCCGCUGACUGGCUCAAGGCCCUUUGGGGUCCGGUACUAGAGCAUCAUGUGCGCGAAGAGGAAACUGGUUCGCGCGUGUCAGACCGGGAGUUGAAUCCCAAAACGCAGCUCGAACAACUCAUUGGUGGGCCGGGCGUCAAGCUUGAGUACCGGGACCUACCCUCGGGUGGCAAGAGGGAUCGCGAUACCAAACAGGAACUUUUCUUCGUAGGCUGUUUUCUGACCGGAUGGGGAGAAACGGGGUUGCAAUUGGGGUAUGGCGGCGCGCUUGGGAAGAAGGAGGCCGGCCAGAAGGCGGCGGUUAAGGCAAUGGAGAAUAAGAAACUGAUCAAGAAGUUUUCAGAGAAGAAGAAAAUAUUCCUUGCUGCUCGGGCGGCACAGGCGGAAAAGGUCGAGAAACCAACGACCGGUUCCGUUACAUCAUCUUGA